AUGUUGGGAAAUCCUCGUUCCGAGACGUCCCUGACAGGGUCCGACGCCGAGCCUCAACCUAUUGAGGAGAAUCGAUUCGACGCGGAAUUUAGACAACAAUACACCGAUACCAUGUUGGGAGUUCCGGUCGCUGCCCAGCCGGCUGAGAUGGGUCGUCGCCCUUCUCUCCUGCAAGUACCUGACAAUUAUGUUGACAACGGUCCAAUCUCUCGGGAUUUUGAACAAGUCAUCGUCGAUGAUGAACGUGACCUCGAUUCCUUUGCGAGGCGUCUCUCAAUGGAACCAAAUCCACGCCAUCAUACUCGAAGCCGUUGCCAGCAAGAUCCAGCACCUCGAUCUCGUCGGAACUCGACCGUAUCCUCUGCCGGCUCGUCCUCCCCGCCCAACUCUGUGGACGCUUUUGCCGAUCCUCGACGCCGCGAGCGUGCCAAUACAAUUGGAAGCCUUGUGGAGACUGAUCUUGAUACCAUUCUCCAGCGAACUGUUUCGAAUGGUACCAUACCUCGUUGUCGGACGUUUAGCCAACCCAGUGUCAUUCAACCUGGUCAGGGAGGAGAGAACGUAGUCGACGACGACAAGAGUGAAUACGAACACUCUUUCAAGGAACCAGGUCGCAUUCCAGUUAUUGAUUUUGAGGAAUUGGAAGAAUUCGUUGCAUUGACCAAGAGCGACAAGUACGCCGCUCGUAGCCGCAAACACAGCAUGAGCUCUCAAGGACCCGCUCCUCGCAUCUUCAACGAUCUCCGUCAAAAGGUACAAAGCGGCGAUGCGAUUCUUGAGAUGCCUGAGGUUGUUGCAUCCGAAUCCCCGGAGCGAAAUUCCGAGGACGAUCUAAAGUCAGGGUUGAAGGCUGACCUCUCGGACGAGACCAUGGAUGAGAAAGAAUCUAUCGACAAGUUCCAGCCCAUGACUGUGCAGAACCGAUUCACCUUCUUUUCUUCGGAAAGCCAAAGCACGAUUCAUGCGGCAUACCUGGGCGACCUCGUACUUCCAGGCGAUAGCUUCCGUGACCUCUUCCAGCUCGGCCCUGAAGGUGGUGUAUGGUGGUUGGAUGUUGUCGACCCUACCGAAGCCGAGCUCGGUGCUAUUUCACGAGCAUUUUCCAUCCACCCUUUGACCGCGGAGGAUAUCAUGACCCAAGAAGCUCGCGAAAAAGUCGAGUUGUUCAAGCAAUACUACUUUGUUUGUUUCCGGACUUUUUACCAUGCUGACAAGGACCAUGAUCGUUAUUUGGACCCAGUCAAUGUGUAUAUGGUUGUUUAUCGGGAUGGCGUUCUCUCGUUUUCCUUCUCCGAGAACCGCCAUGCUACCAAUGUUCGCAGGCGUAUCGGCAAGCUUCGGGACUAUGUGUCUUUGAGUAGUGACUGGAUUUGUUACGCCAUGAUUGACGACAUUGUCGACAGUUUCGGCCCGAUCAUGCGCGAUGUUGAAAUCGAGUCUGAAGCGAUUGAAGAUCAUGUGUUUGUUGCUCGCAUUGAAGACUUUGGUACUUUCUUGCCACGCAUUGGCGACCUUCGCAAGAAAGUCAUGACCCUGAUGCGACUUCUCGGCGGCAAGGCCGACGUUAUCAGGGGCUUCUCCAAGCGCUGCAACGAGCAGUAUUCCAUCACUCCACGUGGUGAUAUCGGACUUUAUCUCGGCGAUAUCCAAGAUCACAUCGUCACCAUGGUGUCUAACUUGACACACUUUGAAAAGAUGCUCAGCCGCGCUCAUAGCAACUAUCUUGCGCAGUUGAACGUGAGCAACAUCAUAAUAGGAAACCAUGUGAACCAAAUUCUCAGCAAAGUGACCUUGAUCGCCAGUCUUCUCGUUCCUAUGAACUUGAUCUGUGGUCUUUGGGGUAUGAACGUUCCGGUACCAGGAAAAGACACCGAGGGUCUCGGGUGGUUUUUUGGCAUUGUUGGAUUCAUUGCAUUUGUGCUUAUUUCGACUACUGUUCUUGCCCGUUACUAUAAACUUGUUUGA